UCCUUGCAGACCUCUCCUCUCCCUCACACGGCCUUACACACACAGCGACUGCCCCCUCUCAAAAUGAAGUUUACCUCGCUUGCUGCCACCGUCGUCGUCGUCGCUGCGGGCCUCUCUUCGGCCAUGCCAAGCGAUGCCAAUGAGAUGGACUCGCGCUCGCUACAGAAGCGUUACCUCUGCGACAAGGCCAACUACGGUGCCAGCGGCAAGCCCUGGGAGCGCACCUCGUCGCCCGGAUGGUGCGUCGGCAAGUCCAACAAGUGGGGAUCCAAGCUGCCCACUUGGGACGGCGGUGACUCCGCCAAGUGUGACCGGCUCGGCAGGAAGGGUGGCGCCGUCUGCAAUGGCGGCAACAACCCCGGAACGGUCCCCAAGGGAUGCAAGCCCCCCACCACAUGGGUGCCCUGGGGCCCGCACACGAAGACCAGGACGACCAAGUCGUGCAGCACCGGCUUCGCCACCGUCACCGUUACGGCCACCACGACGGCUACCACGACGGUGCCCACGACUACGACGGCUAUCGUGACGACCACGACGACCGUCACCGACGGAGGCGCCGCCCAGCCCAUCUGCACUACUGAUGCCAACGGCGACACCUACCAGACGCUCUUCACCAACUACACCACCAUCCCCACCUCGGGCGUCUACGCGGGCCAGACCGUCGGCGCCGCCACCGUCGACAACGACAACUACCUCACCUACGGUCUCGCCGACACCGUCGAGCAGUGCCUCGAGCUCUGCGACCAGACGAACUCCUGCGUUUUUGUCAACAGCUACAAUGAUAGGUAUCCCGACGGCGAGACGCCCUCUGAUCUGCCGCCCAGCGCCCAGGCCAAGUACGACCCAAGCAAGCUUACGUGUGCCCUCUACAAGGCCUGCCCUGACCCGGCAACUACUACAAACAAUGUGGGAGGUCAAAACGACCCCAGUUACAUUACUAAUUCGAACGGCUACUGCCUGGGCGGCCAGUGCCCCACUAGCUAAAGGUUUGAGAACCUCGGCUGCUAUGGACUCUCUUCUCUUUAUUCUUGUUAUUCGAUGAUUGAACGGUUGACUGUCAUGAGAGAGAGCAUCUCGAGUGCCGGGAUGGUCAGAGGAC